AUGGAUUUUGAGCUGCGAAGAGCCAGAGAGAAGCUCGAGAAAGAGCAGAAGGAGAGGAAAGAGAGAGCCAGGUUGAAGCUUCUCAGGGAAAAGAAAGCCAAAGAAGAAGCACAGAAGCAGAGGGAAGCCAUCGAAGCCGCUCAGCGAUCUCGUCGUAUCGAUGCAGCUGAAGCUCAACUCAAGGCUGAUCAACAGAUGCAAGAAAGCCUUAUUGCUGGGAGGGGAAUUGUGUUUUACCGUUUGCUGGAAGCUGUGCCUUGUCAAGGUAAUGGAGAUAAGAUAAAACUGCCUCCGUCUUGCUUCACAGAAUUGUCUGAUCAGGGUGCUCUGGACAAGGGGCCCAUGUACUUCCAGUUGUCAUUAGUUCACACUGAAGACUCUUCAAGCAUUGAAGAUAUCAAUAAAGAGAAGCAAGGGACAACCCAUUCCGGAGUUUUGGAGUUCACUGCAGAAGAAGGUUCAGUGGGUCUUCCUCCUCAUGUAUGGAGUAAUUUGUUUUCUGAAGGCAUGGUAAAAUCUCCAUUAGUUGAAGUUCGCUAUGUUUGGCUUCCGAAAGGGACUUAUGCGAAACUUCAACCUGAAAGAGUUGGAUUUUCAGAUUUGCCAAAUCAUAAGGCUAUCCUUGAAACGAGUCUUCGGGUGCUUGAGUUGAAACCUUCCAAAAGUGUAUCUGUGUUAGAAACAGAUAUUGAAGUUGACAUAGUUGAUCCUUUUACAACCUCAGACAACAUAGAUCAGCAUGUUCUGCUGCCACUUGCGAUUGGGUCAUCACAAAGUGGAACUGUAGAUGAAGGAAAUGGUCUUCCCAUGAUAUUGGUUCCAAAACGUUGA